AUAUAACUGAAUACGAAAGACACGUUUCAUUACUUACUUUUGCGCCUGGUUGUAAUAGCAGGCAACAAUGAAGGUUCUUUUCACGUGCUUUAUCCUGUUUGGUCUCGCAUUGGCAGUUUACAGUUACCAAUGCGGGCUGACCUCUAGCGACGUCAGUUCUAUCAAAGGCCAACUGAGGAUUGACGAAGGUUAUAAAGACCAUAUAUACCGUGACAGUGAGGGCUACCUUACAUUCGGCAUUGGGCAUCUGAUAACCCACAGCGAUCCAGAGUAUGGCAAACCGGCUGGAACACAUGUAAGCACUUCACGAAUAGACAGCGCUUUUGCUACAGACUUUGGCAAUGCAGUUACUACGACUCAUUCCAUCUUCCACGACUGCUCCCAAUGGCCAUCCGAGGUGAAGCGGAUCAUUGUGAAUAUGGCGUUUAAUCUGGGAGGCAGACUACGUAAUUUCCACAAAUUCAUAGCGGCAGUUAACGGACGGCACUGGAACACCGCUGCAAACGAGAUGAUGGACAGUCAGUGGUACUAUCAGGUCGGAGAUAGGUCGAAAAGAUUGGUGGCCAGAAUGAGAGCUGUCUAGUCCAGUUACGUUUUCAGGUUGCCGUUUUCAUGCCCGUUUCUGUCGUAUAACCUUGAUUUUUUUCUUCAAAAAACUAUUAAUAAAAAUGACACAACUGUA